AUGGAGUUGGACGAUCUUAUUGACAAACAAAAGAUGGCGAAGGAACACGACGAAGCGGAGAAUGUCGUUUUAACAGAAACUAUUAAUGAGGUCAUGUAUGAGGACGAGACAGUGUGUAACGAGGCCGAGUCAACUCGCCAUUUUGUAGAACAGAUGAGAAAUAUAAACACUGUACGUAAAACUGUAUCUGACCUAAACAAGUUUACAACGUGGCUUAAAUCAAAGAAUGAACAGCGACAACAAGGAGAGUUGGACUCAAAGGAACUGGACCAAUACCUUGCAUUGUUUUUCAUGAAUGCACAGAAAUCAAACGGGGGUGAAUUUGAACAGGACACUCUGAAAUCAAUCCAGUCCAGUAUUAAUCGACACCUGAAACAGAAAGGGCUUACUGUUGAUAUUAUUUCCGACAGAGAAUUUACACACUCAAGGGAAGUAUUUGCAUCAAAGAGGAAACUGUUGAGGCAACACGGGAAAGGAAACCGUGCUAAGCAAGCGACUGAGGAAAUUGGCAUCAUGUACGCUAAAAAUCUCCUGGGAAAAGCAAAUCCAAGGGCCCUUUUCAACACGAUAUACAUAAACAACACACUACACCUCGGUAUGCGUUCAAGGGAGGAGCAUGCACAUCUGAGAUGGGGCGAUGUUGAGAUGAAAGCAAGUUCGACUGGAGAGGGAUUUCUUGAAUUCACAGAGAGAGCGACGAAGACCAAGAAUGGUGUGAAUGGUGGUUCUAGACCGUAUCUGCCCAAAAGGUAUGAAGACAAUGGAAAUCCGAGGUGUCCCGUCAUGAUAUAUCAAGAGUAUGCAGCCAGACGGGCAGUCAGCAUGAAGAGGGACGAGGAUCCAUUCUAUUUGGGGGUACAUAAGAAGUGCAAUGAAAACAGCGAAUACAGGUAUGUGUUGCAACCAAUGGACAAAAAUACCCUGGGGUGUAUUGUGAAAACAAUGUGCGAGAGUCAGGGAUCCUAGGCCGAAAGGUCAACCAUAGGGCUCGGAAAACCGCGAUUAGCACGUUGCCGCCGACACUGGU